GGUGAUCCAUAGUCUCAUGAGACAAUGACAUGUCCCCCUCCUCUAUCUAACAACAUCUACUCUCUCUCUACACACACAUCAGUAGAUGAAAUUCAAUUAUCUGACUUUGGUGUCCACUAACCUUCCUUCAGCUUCAAGGCUCAUUAUCAUUACCACCCCUCAAAUUUAUUUCAAUUACCAGUAGAGACAGUGACAUAACGAGACAUAGUAUGGACCCAAGCAUCAGUAGAAGAAGAAGGAUUGGCGUUGGAGGAGCCGUUAUUGCUGUAACGAGAAUGCAGAGCGACGAUGAGAAAGUUGUUAGUAAUAACUCUAUCGUCAAGACCAUUCAUCUCCAUGCUGCCGACGAAGACAAGACUCCUAACAAGCAGAUGAGCUUAAAGGAAGCUACUUUGGUGGGCGUUAACGGGAAGAGACGGCCUCUGAAGCUCACGAGGCCGAGAUCGAUCGGUUCUACUCCUCCGAUGACGCCGAGGAGAUCGAUCUCUAGUGACGUAAAUGACAAGGCUUUGACUGUGUCUGUGGCGGCGAAGAAGAAGGUGAGAUCUGAUUCGGUAGAAGGGGUUGAGAAGAAGACUCCGGGUCGGGUUAGGAAGACCCGAUCGGAGCUUUGCACGGCCGUCGUCAACUCCGGUGAAUUUGAUUCAGUUCCCCUGAGGAAGGUGAGCUCAUUGCCAGCUCACAGUUCCGAGAAAGCUAAUGAGAAAACAGAGGAUGUACAUGUAAAAACAGAGGAGACCGUAGACGAGAAGCCACAGAUCACAGAGGAAGUCAAGGAGUUCGAUGUCUGUCAGGAGAUAGUCGUCGAUCACGAGGAGGAAGAAGAAGAAGAAGAUGAUGAAGAGGAGAAGGAGGAGGAUAAAGAAGUGGAAAAGCAGAGUAUUGAUGUAAAAGAGAUGAACUUUGCGAAGGAGAGUAGCGAAAACAGAGAUGAGAGUAAACAGUACCGUCAAUUUCACAACGGAACCGUUACAUCGCCGUCAGCCGUCCGUAAAGUUCCGCCGCCGGCGGUGAUCAAAAGGGCAACUUCGGUUUACUCGGUCCCACCAAGCAAAGAUACGUAUGCAGAGGAAGAAGAUAACUUUACUCAUCCACACAGCAAACUACAGAGCCUGGAGGAUCUUGUGAUGUGGAGAGAUGCAUCAAGGUCGACGCUUGUGUUCGGCUUCGGAACAUUCCUCAUCAUCUCUUCUUCAUACGCCAAUGAUCUCAACUUCAGCUUCAUAUCAGUGGUAGCGUAUAUGGGACUCAUCUAUCUCGGCGUCACGUUCGUAUUCCACUCUCUGAUGCGCAGGGGAGUAGUGGAGGAGGAGGAGGAGAUGCAUAAAGGGGUUGGAGUGAGAGAGGAAGAUGUAAAGAGGAUACUCAGGUUCAUAAUGCCUUACCUCAACGAGUCCCUGUUUCAACUCAGAUCCCUUUUCUCCGGCGACCCCUCCACCACCCUUAAGAUGGGAGUGGUGCUGUUCAUUUUGGCCAGAUGGGGCCCUUCUAUCACUCUUUGGAACCUUGCCAAAUUUGGCUUUCUGGGAGCAUUUACAGUGCCUAAAAUCUUCAUCUCCUACUCAACCCACUUCUCUGCUUACGGUAUAUUUUGGCUGAGGAGAUUCAGGGACGCAUGGGAAACGUGCAACCACAAAAAGGCUGUGGCUUUGGCACUCUUCACCGUCGUCUGGAACCUCUCAUCCGUCGUUGCUCGUGUCUGGGCAGCAUUCAUGUUAUUCGUUGCCUUUAGAUAUUAUCAGCAAAAGAUGAUUUGGACCACUGACCAAGAUGAUGAUGAAGAUGAAGAAGAAGAUGUAGUAGACAACGAAGAAGAAGAAGAAGAAGAAGAAGAAGUACUUAAACUUAAAAGAGAUUCUUAUAUGAUGAUGAUGCCGAAUAAACUAAAGAAAAUUUCUUAAAUUUCCUCCUGCCCAUUUGUAAACAUAAUGUAAUAAUCUCUUUAGUUUUUAGUUAGGGAUCAUCUGUUACUUCACUACACAGCUUCUAUACAUAUUAGAAUGUGAAUAUGAUGUCCUCUCUUAUUCAUCAUUAGGAUGAGUUACUGAAACGUGAGUUAUAUAGACUUGGUUUGUCUAUCACUGUUAUUCAAACUUAAGGAAAUUAGGAAUGUGUGUAUA